GUGAAUUUACAGAGUGGAUAUAACUUUCGUAGCUUAAAAUGCCGAGUGAAAUUUCAAGUUUUUAUAAGGAUAAAACAAUUUUUAUAACCGGAGGCACAGGAUUACUGGGCAAAGUGAUCAUUGAAAAGCUAUUGCGAUCGACGGAACUGAAACGUGUAUAUUUUCUUGUGAGACCCAAACGGGGAGAGAAAGUGGAAGUUCGAUUUGAAGCAUGGAAAAAGGAUCAGGUCUUUGAAGUUCUGCUCAAGAGGAAGCCCCAGGCACUGCAGAAUGUGUUUCCGAUUUCGGGCGACUGUUGUGAGCCGGGAUUGGCCAUUAGCGAGGCGGAUCGAAAAGUACUGAUCGCUGAGGUGCAAGUGGUAAUGCACGCAGCCGCAUCAAUAAGAUUUGAGGAGCCACUAAAGCAGGCAUUGAAUAUGAACACGUUGGCAGUCCGGAUAUUAGUGCAACUGGCAAAGGAAAUGUGCCGCCUCGAGUCUUUCGUUCACAUCUCAACGGCUUACUCCAACUGUGUGGUGCACCAAAUCGAAGAACGUUUCUAUCCGGAGCACCUAACCUGUCCCGCUGAUAAGGUUCUCGAUCUAACCGAUUCCCUUAGUCCCGAGAUAGUGGAUAAAAUGGCUCCAGCCCUCCUAGGAAAAUUUCCAAACACAUACAUCUACACGAAGGCUCUAGGAGAACAGGUAAUCAAGGAGGAGGCUAAGGACUUGCCAGUGGGCAUUUUCCGACCAGCAAUAAUUUCCUCCACCUUCAAGGAGCCAGUGCCUGGUUGGAUCGAUGGCUUGCAAGGACUUACUGCCAUGAUUUAUGGCAGUGCCUAUGGUAUUAUACGUUUAUUGCUUGUUAAUCUUAAAAGGACAGUCCAUUUAGUUCCGGCCGACUACUGUGCUAAUUUGGCCAUCGCUACCGCUGUCGAGAUAGCCAAACGGGAUAAAAAGAGUGAGCCACCCAUUUACGCUUAUGCAUCCAGCCAAUCGAAUUUAGUGAGUUUUGGCCAAUUUUUGAAACAAUGUUACAAUAAUGGAUUGGAGGUACCAAAUCGAAAGAUGAUUUGGUACCCAUUCAACCAUUGUACCUCAUGUCCCUGGCUUUUCGAAGUAGGCCUCUAUUUCUAUCACUUGUUGCCCGGAUUACUGAUGGAUAUCGCCUUACGUCUGAAGGGUAAAAAGCCGAUUAUGAUUAAAAGCUAUCACAAGAUCCACGAGUGCCAAAGGAGUUUGGUACCCUUUUGCAAAAAAGAUUUUGUAAUGAAUACCAGAAAUACUGACCAGCUGUGGCAGUCGUUGUCUCCAGAGGAUAAAAAGGAAUUUUUCUUUGAUAUUUCGACUAUAGAUUGGAAUGAGUAUAUUACACAUGUCAUGGAAGGAAUUCGACUCUAUUUGUUCAAGGAUCCCCGGACGCCAGAAUCCGUUGCCGAGGGCAAGAAGAUUUUAUUUAAGUUUUACGUAUGGGAUAGAAUUGUUAAGAUUGUAUUAGCUCUUUUACUUGGUGCAUUUAUCUGGCUAUUGUACAAUAUAGCAUUUAACUGAUAUUUCGGCUUUACUAGAACUUAAUAUGUCGGAAUACCAUUAAUAUUUUGUGAAAAGGGUAAACUUGCAAAUUCGACGUGUGUUAUUUAACUUAAUUUUUUUUUUUUAUCUUUAAAUAUAUACAAAAGUAUAAAUCAA